UGUUGUGUUGUGUUGUGUUUGCCAAAAGACUUACAGCCAAAGCAUUAAGCUUGAGUCUUAAGCCAGCACUUUUCAUAUCUUCAUUGCAGCCUCAACGAGCGCCCAAUUACAAUAAAAAUAACUUCAAAGUCGGACCCCGAGCGAGCCUCAGAGAAUUCAAUGCAUGCAGCUUCAGCUUGAAGUCUUGCCAAACAAAAGCAAAAGCCAACAGCAGCGACUGCAGCUAAACACGUGCGCACUUUUCUUUACUCUCCCCCUCUCUCUCUCUUUCCAUUUGUUUGUUCGCUGUGAUGCGAACCAGCACAGCGAAUGUCAACUGAGCACUGCUGCCAUGGAUAAUAAUUCCGUUUAUAGCUACGGCAUAUCCGCUGCGAACGUGCUCUAUCAAUGGGGAGGCGGCGCCAGCAGCGGCAGCGAUGGCGACGCCGCUGCCCACACAAUCGAUAUGCAUACAUUGCCCAGCAGCGUAGUGGGCGAGUCACGCCCACGCGAGCUCAAUGGCACGCGAGCGGGCAAUGAGAGCAGCAGCGGCGGCGGCGGCGGCGGCUUCGACUACGCCACGCAUCAGCAGCUGAUCAGCUACGAGUGCCCGCCCAUCUUCGAGAACAUCAGUUAUCUGAACGUCACCUGCGACUUGCCGCUGGACUAUGCGCUGCCCCUCUAUGGCUACUGCAUGCCCUUUCUGCUCGUCCUCACCAUCAUAUCGAACUCGCUGAUUGUGCUCGUGCUGAGCAAGAAGAGCAUGGCCACGCCCACCAACUUUGUGCUAAUGGGCAUGGCCAUCACCGAUCUGCUGACGGUUCUCUUCCCAGCUCCUGGUCUGAUUUAUAUGUACACGUUCGGCAAUCACUACAAGCCGAUGCAUCCGGUCUCCAUGUGUCAUGCCUUCAGUAUAUUCAAUGAGAUAAUGCCUGUCAUGUGCCACACCAUCUCCGUUUGGCUGACGCUAGCGCUCGCCGUGCAAAGAUACAUUUACGUGUGCCACGCCCCCAUGGCACGCACCUGGUGCACGAUGCCGCGAGUGAAGCGCUGCACGUUCUACAUUGUGCUGCUGGCGUUCCUGCAUCAGCUGCCGCGCUUCUUCGAUCGCACCUACUUGCCCAUGUACAUUGAGUGGCAUGGAAAUGAGACCGAGGUGUGCCACCUGGAGACCUCCGAGUGGGUGGACGACUAUGUGGGCGUCGAUUUGUACUACACCAGCUACUUUACGUUUCGCGUGCUCUUCUGCAAUCUGCUGCCGUGCGUGGUGCUGGUGACGCUGAACAUUUUGCUGUUCGCCGCCCUGCGGCAGGCCCAGGAGCGACGCAAGCUGCUCUUCCGCGAGAAUCGCAAGAAGGAGUGCAAGAAGCUGCGCGACUCGAACUGCACCACACUGAUGCUGAUUGUGGUCGUCACUGUGUUCUUGAUUGCCGAAAUUCCGAUUGCCGUGGUCACCUCGAUGCACAUUGUGAGCUCGCUGAUCAUCAAGUUUCUGGACUAUCGCAUUGCCAACAUCUUCAUAGUGCUGACCAAUUUCUUUCUGGUGCUCAGCUAUCCGAUCAACUUUGGCAUCUACUGCGGCAUGUCGCGCCAGUUCCGCGAGACCUUCAAGGAGAUCUUCCUGGGCCGCAUGGCCAACAAGAAGGACAGCUCGUCCAAGUACUCGAUCGUCAAUGGCCCACGCACCUGCACCAACACCAACGAGACUGUCCUCUAGUAA